AUGUCUGGAGAUUACGAGACGUACGACUUGGGCGACUUCAAGCUCAAGAAUGGAGGAGCUAUUCCCAAUGCGAAAAUAGCCUACAAGACAUUUGGGCAGCCUUCCAAUCCAGCCGUCAUCUAUCCUUCGUGGUAUUCCGGCUUGAUCUCUGACAAUGAAUGGUUGAUUGGCAAGGACAAGACGUUGAAUCCGGAGAAAUAUUUCAUCAUCAUUACGGCACUGUUCGGCAACUCACAGUCGAGCUCCCCGAGUAACAGACCAGAUAUCAGACCAUGGCCAGAGGUUCUCUUCUACGACAAUGUCAGGGCGCAGUAUGAGCUAGUCACGAAGAAGCUCGGCGUGAAGCAUGCGCGAGCAGUCCUUGGGUGGAGUAUGGGAGCUGGGCAAACUUUCCAGUGGGCCACCCAAUAUCCCGACUUUAUGGACCUGAUCGUGCCAUUCUGUGGCGCCGCAAAAACGGCCUUGCACAACCAAUCGAUGCUGGAAGGAGUCAAGUCUGCAGUACUCGCGGGAAAGGGUGCAGUCUCUGGAGGAGUCUGCAAAGGCGAGGCCAAGCCAGAGGCGUAUCGUGCCUGGUCUGAGGAAGAGCGAAGCACUGGAUUGAAAGCCCUCGGCCGCGUCUACUCUGGAUGGGGCUUCAGUCAGGCUUUCUAUCGUGAGAGACUCUACGAGUCUGUGUUGGGCUUCAAGGAUAUCGAAGACUUUAUGGUCAACUUCUGGGAAGCUUGGGCGCUGUCCAAAGAUCCGGACAACAUGGUUGCUAUGCUGUAUACCUGGCAAGCGGGCGAUUGUUCGGCCCAGGAGCCAUACAACGGUGACUUCGACUCUGCAAUGAAGGGGAUUAAGGCCAAGGCUCUUGUGCUUCCUGCGCAGACCGAUCUCUAUUUCCCUCCCGAGGACUCAGAGAUUGAAGUUGCGCAUAUGAAACCUGGUAUCGGGAAGUGCCUUGCGUUUCCUUCGAUUUGGGGCCAUUGGGCUGGAGGACCUGGUGACAGCAAGGAGGAUGUGAAAUGGCUUGAUGAGCAGCUAAGGGACUUCUUUGCCGACAAUUAG